AGAAAGCGCGGCGCCAUGGCGGACGAAGACCUUCCCCAGUAUGAUUCUGACUCUGAUAAGGAGGAAGAAGCACCAUCCGCUCGUACCCAGCAAACUGCGGGGCAUAUUUCCACGAGUGCUGCAAGCUUCCGUGAUUUCCUUCUUAAGCCGGAACUUUUGAGAGCGAUCAACGACUGUGCCUUCGAGCAUCCAUCUAAAGUUCAAGAGGAGGCUAUUCCGGACGGUCUAGCUGGACAUGAUAUCGUUGCCCAAGCCAAAGCGGGGAUGGGCAAGACCGCCGUGUUCGUCACCGUGAUCCUUGAAAGGAUUGCUGCGGAUGAGCAAUCCUUGCAAGCUUUGGUUGUGGUGCACACCAGGGAGCUUGCAUACCAGGUUGCCAAGGAAUUCGAGAGGUUCAAGGCCUAUCUUGAGGGUAUCACAGUCCAGUGCAUUUACGGAGGUGUUCCUCUCCCUCAGCAGGAAGCAAGCCUCACAAAGGACAAGCCGCAUAUUGUGGUUGGAUGUCCGGGACGACUCAAGGUCCUUGUCCAGAGAAAGGCCCUGGACUUGUCGAGACUGAAGAUUUUUGUCAUCGAUGAGGUUGACAAGGUUCUUGAGAAAGCUGACAUGCGUCAAGACGUUCAAGAGAUCUUUUACACUACCCCCAAGAACAAGCAGACCAUGUGCUUCUCGGCAACUCUUCCUCCCGAGAUCAAAGGAACAGUCAUGAAGUUCGUCCAAAAACCGAAGGAAAUCCUGAUUGAUAUGGACAAACUCAGCUUGCACGGCCUGAGCCAAUUCUACAUCAAGCUGGAAGAGUCUCAGAAGACGCGCAAACUGACUGAUCUCAUGGACAUUCUUGAGUUCAACCAAGUUGUUAUUUUCGUUCGUGACAAGCGAAGGUGUCACUCUCUGAACAAAAUCCUCCAAGAAUCCAAGUUUCCAUCCAUCGAAUUGCACUCAGACAUGGAUGCCACUGAGCGUAUUGCGACAUACAACAAGUUCAAGAAGUUCGAGGCUCGCAUCCUGGUCACAACAGACCUUGGUGCACGUGGCCUGGAUAUCGAGAGGGUGAACAUCGUUUUCAACUAUGACUUCCCCAUCGAGGCAGACACCUACAUGCAUCGCGUUGGUCGUGCAGGCCGUUUUGGUAACAAGGGUAUGGCGAUCAGCUUCAUCUCGACCACCGAAGAUCCCUCUGGCAAGAUCAACGAUCAAUCCAUCUUCGAGAAGGUUCAAGCACGCUUCGCUGUGAAGGUGGAACCUCUGCCUGAUGAGAUCGAUCUCUCGUCGUACAUGCCUAAGCCAGGCGUGAAGGAGCAAUUUGAUGAGUAA